AUGAAGUUGCUCGCAAAUGAGAUCAUAUUGGAGAUACUCCUGCAUUUCAGCGUCCCAGAUGAAUUCGCCGAGCUCACAACCCUGUCACAGCUUUGUCGCUCUUCGAAGCGCUUGCAACGGCUUGCUCAACCAAUCCUCUACCGAUACAUACCGGAUCUGAAUCCAGAGAAGCGCCAACUUUUAUUCCGCACACUGUUGGAGCGCCCUGAUCUUGCGCAAAUGGUGCAGUUCUGGGACUUGCAAGACUGCGGAAUUCCAAGGCCUGAGCUGUUAUCUCUUGUCGAAGCAGUUCGCUCCAAGCUGAGACUCUCCGAGAGCAUGGAAAGGAAACUUGUUUCUGAUAUGCAGGAAGAGAAAGAGGAUCUAGAAGUAUCUUUGGUGUUGCUCCUUCUCCCCAAUCUUCAAGUAAUGGAAAUUUCUUGCUACUAUGGGCCAGACAAUUUAAAGGUCGGCUUGGUCAAGGAGGUGAAAGCCGACCAAAAUAGGCCAUGUGGGCAUGUCCAUCACCUAAUGCAUCUCCAAGAAGUUCGUAUUCGGCAUGGUGAUACGGAGUUAUGCACCAGGCUUGAACCCGCCGGGUUGCUCGCGUUGCCAAGUGUGCAUUCCUUGCGUGGCUGGGCGGUUUGUUGGCAAGAUGGAGAAGAAAAGGCCGAAGACGAAUACCCUGGGGUCACACUGAACCUGCGGCAUAUUGAUUUGAGUUGGUCCCUCUGCGAUAGCCGCGCCCUGUCUCGCAUGCUCUCGCGAUGUCCAGAUCUGCAGAGUCUUCAAAUUGAUUGGGGUGAUGCUACGGUCGGAGCGGAUGAUCUAGACUUCUGUGCCUUCGGCACUGCUCUCAGGAAAUAUGGUCGUAAGCUCGAGAAGCUUGACCUAGACUGUCGUAUGGCCUUUUGCUACGAGGAAGGCGAGGCCACAGGCAGAAUCGGAUCACUCCGGAAGCUCGUCAACUUGAAAGACCUGGCUCUACCCCAAGAUAUCCUCGUUGGAAGGGUUGAUGACGACAACGACAAUAGUGAUGACGACACGGAAAGCACUGCCUCUCAUAGCAGAAUUCUUCGACUUGAAGAAGUUUUGCCUACUGCCUUGGAGGAAGUUCACUUCUACUCAUGCCAGGAUGAUGAGAAGCAUUUGGACGAUCAGAUUUUGGAUAUCAUAACCAGCAGCAAGACCAAGAAUCUACGCAGGGUAACUAUGGAGGCCCGGGAGAGUAAUUUUCAUCAUGACGUCUCCGGAUUUGGAUGGAGCACUUGGAGAAGAAAGAAUAAAGUGUUUGUGGCAACGAAAAGAGAGUUCCAGCGCGUGCCAGAAAAGCCUUCGCGGUCUUCUUUCUGUUGA